CUUCAUUCUGGAAGUUGACUUGUCAUUUAUUUAAUAAAGUAUAGAUUAUAUUUUGUGGUAUAGAUUUUGUUUAAAGAUUAGCCUUUAAUGUGAUAAAAAAUCCACAGAUACUCAGAAAAAUAUGACUCAGUUGCCAUAGUACCCAAGUAAUGUGAUAUAUAUUAUGAAGAAACAUAAUUGACGGUUUAAUUCCCCAUAAAUGUGUUAACAUGAUUAAUAAACUUAACUAACAGGUGUAUACACCCGUGUUAACAAUUUUUGGAAAUUGUCGAAAAUGUCUGCAUUUAACAUUAAACCAUCAAGUGGUUGGAUUCAUUCCGAUAAACUCAUUGCCAAACAGGGAGCGACAUAUGCUGUACGGUAUGUGGGAUGUUUGGAAGUUAAAGUAUCCAUGAAAACGCUGGAUUUUAAAACUAGAUCGAAUGUAGCAAAAGAAUGCAUUAAUAGAGUAUGUGAAACAUCGAGACUAAAAACUGUGGAUAAAAAGCGUAAAGUAGACAAGAAGGUACUAAAAGCAAUUGCAGAUACUCCAAAUUUAAAAUAUGCCGGUACAAAUGUUAACUUGAACGUCUCCAGUGUUAACUUGUCAUUGACAUCAUUAGAUACUAAUCAAAUUAUCGCCACACAUGAAAUGCCUAGGAUAUCAUUUGCAUCAGGAGGAGAUAGCGACACAUUAGACUUCGUAGGGUACAUAGCAAAAGAUGCAAAUGAUUUAAGAGCAUGUUAUGUUUUGGAAUGCGGUGGAGGUUUAGCAAAAGAUGUAAUCUCGACAAUAGGGCAAGCAUUUGAACUGAGAUUUCAACAAUUUACGAAUAAGUCACCGAUAGUCAGUUUGGGGAUAGCGAUGGGUCAUCCAUCGACAUCAACGGGAGGCGAUGCUGAUAAAGACUACUACAAUGAUUUACCUGGGAAAGUACCACCAGAUGUGUGCGAGCCACCUCCAGUACCUCCGUUGCCAUCUUCAGUACCACCUUUCACAACAUUACCACCUGUACAGACCCCAAAUUUAAUAGAUCUUAGUUCAGAUAUACUCGCGCACGAUGGGCCUCAUCAUGAUUAUGUUAACGACAGUGUUGUGAUCCCAAGGGAUGUCUUUGAUAUGCAGCCCUUCAACCAGCACACGUCUUUAACACCUGCUUAUGGAAAAAGUGAUAACGAUCCGAUCGCAGAGCUCGAAAAUGAAAUUUGGUUUCACGGUAGGAUAAGUAGAGCUGAAGCGGAGAGCCUGUUACAGAAAGACGGAGAUUUCCUAGUUCGAGAGUCGACAAAUACCGUUGAACGUCAGUUUGUCCUUUCCGGAAUGCAAGACAGUAAUAAGAAACAUUUGCUGCUUAUUGACCCUGAAGGAGUGGUACGAACGAAGGAUAGGAUGUUUAAUAGCGUCAGUCAUCUCAUUCAAUUCCAUUACGAUAAUGCUCUCCCUAUAAUCUCGGCUGAAAGUGCGUUAGUCUUGAGGAAUAAGAUACCAAGGAAUAUUUGAAUGAAUAUCAGUUUUUGUAUUACUCCAUCCGUUACAGUGGAUAAGGUGGUGAUUAUUCAGGAAUUUUGCUUUAAAUAUGAUACAUUUUUCAUGAAAUAUUAAUCAUUAUCUUGCCCACAGAAAUAUUUAUUUUCUAUAGCGUUUAAUAAAUAUAUUUUGUGUAUUAGUACAAGUACAAAUUUUUUUGUUCUGUAAACUUUCGAUUUCAAAUGCUACAAUUUUAUGCUUGCUUCUCGCUUUGUUGAUUUACACAAGUUGUAAUUUUAUUGACAUGGAAGAGUAAUUAUAUUUUAAAUAUGACUUCCAGACUAUUAAAAAUAAUUAAUUUUAGUUGUAUACA